AUGGCGGUGAUGCUGCCAGGAUUUGGCACCGACUACUCGAAAGUCCCUGGGGCCCGUGAAUACCUCAUCCUCGCCCACGUCAAUAUUACGCUGGAAGUCAAAAACGCCGCUGUGACAUACAUCGAAUUGAAUGCGGCUGAGGUCAACAUCACCGACGCCACGCUCUUCCAGACGGGGCAACAGUCGCGCCGCUUGACGAUCACCACCGGCUCGGGCAACGAGGCGGAGAAGGUCGGCUUCUCCGACGGCAAGCACAUCACCCGGGGCCGCUACGUGCUGCAGCUGUUCUACACGGGAAUGGUGCAAGAAAGCCUGGCCGGUCUCUACAAGUCCAAGUACAAGUCACCCGAGGGGAAGGAGAUGUGGGUCUUACGGAACAUCCAAUUUCACCGCACCGCAUGGAAGAUGACCAAGUUUGACGACACGCCCAAAAUGUCGACCUAUCUGCUCGCCCUGGUCAUCCACGACUUCGAGAAGACGACCCGCCAAUUCAAGCGCAACGACGGUCACACCAUUCCGAUGGACAUGUUCGCGAUCCCCGACUUUGCCGCCGGCGCCAUGGAGAACUGGGGCCUGGUCACCUACCGCGAGCGGGCCGUGCUCCUCCGUGGGAUCCAUACCGAGGCCGACCGUCGUCGUGUCGCCGAGGUGAUCGCCCACGAGUUGGCCCAUCAGUGGUUCGGCAACUUGGUGACGAUGGAAUGGUGGGACGAUCUGUGGCUGAACGAGGGUUUCGCCACGUACACCUCCUUCUACGCGAUGGGCAAGCUGGACCCCUCGCUUCUGGGUGAUGAAUUGUUAGUCGCGGACCAACAGGAUAUCGCGCUCACCCUGGAUGUCAAGGCUUCCGUCAAACCUGUGCAUUUCCAGGCGGAUACAGCGGUGGAUGUGAUGGAGGGUUUCGGCACGAUCCAGUACAAGAAGGGCGCCUCGCUGGUGUUGAUGAUUGCCGAGAGCUUCGGCCACGACGUCUUCUGGGAGGCCAUCUCGCACUACCUGAACACGCACAAGUACGGUAACGCGCGCACGGCUGAUCUGUGGGCCGCGCUGCAGAAGGUGGCCAAGGAGAAGAACGUGCCUCUGAACGAGCGAUACGGACCUGGCGGGUUCUCGGCUGCCGCUGAAAAGUGGACACAUCAGAUGGGCUUCCCGGUGGUGAACGUGGCGCAAAAGGGGCCGGCUGGAGAUGGCAUGAUGGAGUGGACGCUCACGCAGCAUCGAUACUAUCUCGGGAAUCCGGAGGAGAUGAACAAGCAGUACAACGAUUCGAUGGACAAGAGCGCCUCAUCACCAAAAUCCCGCUUCCCGCCGCCGCUUCCCGACCCGACAACUUUUGCCGCGCACUUGACCGAGGUGUCGGACCGCAUGGAGGCGGCGCACGAGGACAGCGCCAAAAACCGCGAGCACUUGAUGGAGCUGGCCGAGUUCGCGGCGGCCUGCCGUCUCUACCCGGACGACUGCGGCAAGGCGUUCAAGGUUGCCUACGAGGAGUUUGUGCACAAGCCCUGCUUCGAGUCGAACAAGGCCGGCUCGAAGAUGGCGUCCAGCUGUGCGACCACCCCAGCCUACUUCCGCAAAAUGGCGUACUGCGAGGCGGUGCGCGCCGCCGGGCCGGGCGACAAGAUUGGCGACGAGGUGCUGGAGCUGUACAAGUUGGAGACCGACCAGAUGGAGAGCAACGACCUGCUGGCGGCGAUCACGUGCAGCAACGACUGGACGGCGCUUGAGGCGCUCCUCGACGGCAUCAUCGACAAGACGGGGCUGAUCCGAGCCCAGGACUCGAUCUGGGUGACCCGCGGGAUCACGGCCAACUAUGCCCACGCGGACAAGCUUUUCCCCUAUCUGAAGUCGAGGUUCCCGAAGCUUAUCUCCGACACGGCCACCUCGUCGGUGCAGGAUGGGCUUGGUGAUAUCCUCGCCCUUGGCCUUUCCACCAUCUCCACGGACCAGGAGCUCGAAGAGGCGAAAAAACUGCAAGAGUCGGCCCCCGCGGAGAACAAGCGCCUGAAAAAUGCGGGCGCGUGGAAGGCGGCCUUCGAGGAUGCCUGGAUCCGCAACCAAGCACAGUCUUUCGAGAGGAUUUAUUGCUCUUUUUCCAGGAUCUCCAACUGGUUGACGCCUACGUCGCUCUCGAGAUGGCCGCCUAGGCUUUGCCAGUCUCGACUCCCCGAGCCCUUCAUCGACAUC